ACCCGGUUGAAAAACGAAGACGCACAGUGUAGCACUUAUAGCGGUAUAAUAAUAAAUGUCAAAAGUCUUUCAAAUGCUGUUGUAGUUUUAAAUUAAGACGAGAAUUCAUAGCCACUCUUGUAAAAAAUGAAGACGCCCCCUCAGAAACGUGUGUAUCCUAAACUGCCCGUGUGGAUUGUGGAGGACCAUCAUGAGGUUGUGAAACACAUAUAUCGUGCCAUUGGUUCUAAACAUAUUCCAAUGAAGGGAAUUAAAAUGGUCCAUUUGGACUCCCAUCCUGAUCUCCUCAUUCCUGUGAAUAUGCCUGCUGAUACAGUGUAUGACAAAGACACUCUGCUCAGUGAGCUGAGCAUUGAGAAUUGGAUUAUGCCAAUGGUCUAUGCUGGACACGUAUCCCACGUAGCCUGGCUGCAUCCGUACUGGGCUCAGCAGAUCAAAGAAGGAGAGCAUUCUAUGUGUGUGGGGAAAGAUUCAUCCACGACCACCAUCAGGGUCACAAGCAGAGACGAUUACUUUUUGAGUGACGCUCUUUACGUUCCAUUGGAUCAGCUGGAAAACCCUAAAGAGUUGCAUUUAAAUGUCAUUCGAGUGGAUCCUGUUGACAGUUCGCAGAAAAGGACACAUGAAAAUGGACAAAGUGGUGCUAAAAUGCCUAAAUCAACUAUAAAAGAGGACAGUGAUGUGCAGUCAAACAAGGACAAUCCGUGCACUUCCUCAUCUCAACCGCUUGAUGGCAGCACUGCCUCAGGAAACUCCAGCGAUUCAGUCAUGAAGGCUGAUGGGGGUUCAACAAGCUGCAUCACAGAACGGCUUUUAGCAUUUAUAGGGCAAACUGACCCUUUUAUACUUGACAUUGACUUGGAUUUUUUCUCCUGUAAGAACCCUUUCAAGGAGAUGUACACGCAGGAAGAGUACGAUCUCCUGCAGGAGUUAUACAGCUUUAACAGGCCACAGCAGGAUUCAGAUGAGGAGGAGCUGUUAGAUUGUGUAGAGAGACGCACUCACCAGCUUGAAGACCUGGAGGCUGCAUUUGCUGAACUGGUGGAGGAUGACAGCCAGGAAACUGUUGAACGUUUAGUAGCGAACCCAAGAAUGAAAUCUCUUGACAGACUUGUACACAGCCUUAAGAAUCGAACUCAGUCACCGGACUAUGAAAUGGUAAAGUUGUAUUCUUUCUUCAAUCAAGCAGGCUUGACCUGUGAUUACUCCGAACUCCCUCACCACAUCAGCAGUGAGGAGGAGAUCCAGCAAAUGAUCACGGCCGUGCAGCUUUUCCUGGAAGCCUUGCCCAAACCCACCAUAGUCACAAUAUCCAGAUCCAGUUUGGAUGAGUAUUGCCCAGCAGAACAAGUGGAUUCCAUCCAGAACAGUGUGCUGAACAUUUUAGAGUCCCUCUUUGGCUGCUUAGAUGUUCACAGAGAGUAUGAAUCAAUAGCAUCAGAGAGCACAUCACAAACCGCAUGAGGAGGGAGGUUAAAUUCAGCAGCUGCACCAUGUUCUUUACCAAAGGCUGUUUUCAGAAAGUAGAUGUUCCAAAGCUUUUAAAAGCAUGCUGAGAUUUUCUGUGUAUUCUUUUGUAUUGCUUGCAUUGAGUGCAUAUGUAACAAUGAGGAUAAGAUGUAUAGAUGCGAACGGAAAGGGACAUGUUUUCUUUUCAUUUAAGAGGUUUUCUUGAAGUGCACUGAUUCAAAAUAAGAGGUGCUUGAAAAACAUUAAGUAACUUUUUUUUU